GUUGUCUGUCACCCGCAUUAACCGUCUGGUUAUUCAGUUCUUACUAAUAAAUUGAUUGUUUUGAUUGUUUUCUAGGAGGUGUGUGAAAUAAAAUCAACUUUUUUUUUCUUCUAGUACGUUUUACAUUCAAAAUUGACAACCAAAAAGUAGCCACCCUUUUAUUUUAGUUGUAUUAUGUACAUAUCAUGAGUGAUCAAUUAAAGAAAUACCCAGUGGGAACACCGCACUCAACAUCUUCCCAACCACAAGCGCCACUUAAGCCAAUCACACCAAAUACAAGCAUAAACCUACCCAAAAGACCAAUGGUCACCCAAUCCCUCCCACCAAUAACCCAAGCCAAAAGAAAAAGAAGGAAGCAAAGACUCUUUACCAAGGAUAUAGAGAACUUGCUAUAUGCCAUGGGUGACCGACCCGUGUCCACUGAUGCAACUGUCAGUGCUCUUGAAGAUAUAUUGGUGGAAUACCUUACUGACUUGUCAGGUCAAAUUCUCAUGUUUGCUAGAUCCCAGGGGAGAUCAAGGAUAAAAAUGAACGAUUUGGCAUUUGCAUUACGAAGGGAUCCUUUGAAAUUGGCUAGAUUCCAAUACAUUAUUGAACAGAGUCAAAAGAUUGAACGUGCAAAGAAAAUGUUUGAGGAUAAGGCCAAUGACUAUUCUGAUGGUGAAAAAGAUGGCUCAGAUGAUGAAAAUGAUAUUGAUGAUGACGGCGAAAGAGAUGGAGAUGAUGGCGAGGUCCGUGUCAAUUCGAAACAGGAGAAUACUACUGAAUCCAAGGGCAAGAAUAAGAAGAGAAAAGUAACAGGAAAUGUAAUGAUUAAGAAAAAGAAGGAUCUUCAAGAGUAGUAAGUAGUUAAUUUCGAUAUGGCUUGUUAUGAUAUAUCUUACUUAUUAAAUGUAGUGUUCAAUUAAUCAUUAGCUAUAGUUCU